AUGACCCACACAGAGCACAAGGCCUCGGGAAUCGGUGAUUUCGGAGAGGAGGGUAUCAACAAGUUUGUUGAGGAACAUGUCUGCCAGGAGGUCUGUCUCUUGCUGGGCUUUGAUAAACAGUUCCCCCUCGCCCCUGUCACAUUGUACGAGAAGUACUCCAAGUCCGAAGAGGAGGGUAGCGAUCCGACGAACAGAACUUCGAAAUUAGCGUCUGACUUCAUCUAG